AUGACUACACAACCUCAAAGCAUCAUUCCUUUACCCUUGUGGAUUCUCGUGCCGCUAGGAAUUGUCGUCAUUCCUAUCCUCCCCUUCCUCUCAGCAUACUCGAAAUCCAAAAAGAAGUUCGAGGACUGGAAAAAGAAGGAUCCGCCCGUUCGCCCACUACGUCGCAAUCGAAAGCGUGCCCUAACGCUGCCUUUACCCAAAGCUUCAUACUCCGGUCGCAAAGCACAACGGACAUAUGAUCAGUCACAGUCGCUUUUUUUAAAUCGAUUAUCAUCUGACAUUCGACUGAUAAUAUAUGAGUAUGUAUUAGCACCACCAGGCGAUCAGGUCCUACAUGUUGCGGCUAUCUCCGGUCGUCUCUAUGGCAUCCGAUGCUACGAAACAGACCCUACGCGACCGGCGUGGAAGCACAAAUGCUGGGAAUCCUCUGAUCUCAUCCAGGAUCAUCCCCGAUACCCCAAAUCCUCCAAAUUUCUCAGUUUACUAUACUCAUGCCGUCAAAUUUAUUCUGAGGCAGUCAAUAUCCUCUAUACGAAGAAUAUCUUGAGUGUGCAGCAGACAAGAGCGGUUCUAAAUUUUCCACAUGUCAUGCUACCCCAUCGCCUUGCAUUAAUCCGCAAGUUGAAUAUCGAUCUUCUUAUUUAUGCCAAAGUCAUUCUUGGUGUCUUCUUGAGCUAUGAAUGGCCAAAAGCCUUCACUAAGGACUGGAAGAGCCUUUGUCAGGUCCUAUUUAAAAUGGGCACUUGCGGCCUUCAACGCCUUGAGAUCACAUUAAAACUUUGUGGCAGUAAUAGAAGGGAGUUUGGAGCUUGGGCCACCGACGAUGAACUUGCCUUACUCCUGGAUUCACUCAUGGGUAUUCAGGUUCGAGAGUUCAGUGUAUUCCUACAGGACUGGCCACAGUGCAAAGAAGAUGUGUUGCGCAUCCUGGGGAGCGACCCUCCUCUUUCUAUUGAAAACAGGUAG